UCCCGCACCACCGCUGGGUGCCAUGUGGCCAAUCUAACCCGGACAAAGUGGCUCGGAUCACGGACAACGUCUACUGCUGCCGCAGUGGCUCUGCGGCGGACACCCAGGAGCUCUCUGAGGUGGUCUCGAAUUUGAUGUGGCAUUGCGAGAUGCACACGGGUGAGCAGACCCUUGUCCGCGACGGGGCCGCGGAGUUCCGGGACAAGUGCUACGACGGUCGCAAAUACCUGUAUGCCGGCAUCAUUGUGGGUGGCUGGGACGAUCUGCACGGGGCCCAGGUGUACAAUAUUUCGCUGGGCGGCAUGAUGAUGCGCGAACAGUUGAGCUAUGGCGGAUCUGGUUCCAUAUACAUUAGUGGCAUGCUCCGGGACGGCUACCGUCCGAACAUGGAGAAAGAGGAGUUGGUGCUGCGUUUCAGGUCGGCCCUCAAACAGGCCAUCCAUCACGAUUCCUUCUCCGGGGGAGUAUCGCGCAUCGCGAUCAUCAACAAGGAAGGCAUCGAGCGACGGGUGUACUACAACACCAGCACUGGCAAGGCUCAGGCCACAGGCACUGAUGUCCUCUUGGGCUGUGGCGAGACCAAGAAGCCGCGCUCCAACAAAGUUAAUCGUACAAAUGUGUCAGUUCGCUCAUGGGAAAUUUCAAUAGCGAAUAUGUUACAGUGGAAAAAGAGAACAGGUGAACUGCUUGAAAUAAACGUAUCUUGUUCAUGUGUGCUUUUGCUGCGAUGCCAUACAUUUAUAGUCCAUAACGCCAUAAUUAAGCAAUUUUGAGAGAAAUUUUGUUAUCAGAGUUCAGAAGCCAAUUAAUUUUUAA